AUGGUGGCGGUGUUCAAGAUGCCGGACGUGCAGUUCAAUGGAUUGGAAAGCGAGCCACUGGCUAGCAUGUCUGGCUCGACGGUGAACAUGAACUUUACGUUGGAUAUCUCGGUGGACAACCCGAAUGGAAUCUCACUCACGUUUGAAAAGAUUGUGGCGGAGGCCUUUUAUCCGGACCAUCACGAUGUCUCGAUUGGUGGCGGCGAGCUUGACAACGUUAAAAUCGACAAGAACGCCAUGACCAACAUUAGCUUCCCGUUCAAUAUCCAGGUGGAUGCAGCUGACGAUAGCAGCAAAGCCAUCGUAGCCGAUCUGCUGACCAAGUGUGGGCUCAUGGGUGGUCAAACCGCCCAGCUCACAAUCGACUAUGAAGUGACGCCAACCAUCCGCGUAGCUGGCAUUCCUAUCUCACCGAAGAUCUCCAACAGUGCAAACUUUGACUGUCCCGCCUCUUCUUUGUCCGAAUUGACAGGAGGAGGUGGCGUAGCAGACAUGAUUCCAAGCGGUGUGCUAGGCGCGUAA